CAGCCGGACGGCCAGAUGCCCAGCGACAAGACCAUCGGAGGAGGAGACGACUCCUUCAACACCUUCUUCAGUGAAACCGGAGCCGGCAAACACGUCCCCAGAGCCGUGUUCGUGGACCUGGAGCCGACAGUCAUCGGUAAGAUAUCUGUGAAUGAUUUUAUUGAGAUUUCUCACCGUUGCUCCACAGAUGAGGUCCGUACAGGAACCUACCGCCAGCUGUUUCACCCCGAGCAGCUGAUCACCGGCAAGGAGGAUGCUGCCAACAACUACGCCCGCGGUCACUACACCAUCGGGAAGGAGAUCAUCGACCUGGUUCUCGACAGGAUUCGUAAGCUGGCUGACCAGUGCACGGGGCUCCAAGGGUUCCUCAUCUUCCACUCCUUCGGAGGAGGAACCGGCUCCGGCUUCACCUCCCUCCUGAUGGAGCGUCUCUCCGUCGACUACGGCAAGAAGUCCAAGCUGGAGUUCGCCAUCUACCCGGCGCCGCAGAUCUCCACGGCCGUGGUGGAGCCCUACAACUCCAUCCUGACCACCCACACCACCCUGGAGCACUCUGACUGCGCCUUCAUGGUGGACAACGAGGCCAUCUACGACAUCUGCCGCAGGAACCUGGACAUCGACCGCCCCUCGUACACCAACCUCAACCGGCUCAUCAGCCAGAUCGUGUCCUCCAUCACCGCCUCCCUGCGCUUCGACGGCGCCCUGAACGUGGACCUGACGGAGUUCCAGACCAACCUGGUGCCCUACCCUCGUAUCCACUUCCCUCUGGCCACCUACGCCCCGGUCAUCUCCGCCGAGCGGGCCUACCACGAGCAGAUCACCGUGGCUGAGAUCACCAACGCCUGCUUCGAGCCCGCCAACCAGAUGGUGAAGUGCGACCCCCGCCACGGGAAGUACAUGGCGUGCUGCCUGCUGUACCGCGGAGACGUGGUGCCCAAAGACGUCAACUCGGCCAUCGCCACCAUCAAGACCAAGCGCAGCAUCCAGUUUGUGGACUGGUGCCCCACCGGCUUCAAGGUGGGCAUCAACUACCAGCCCCCCACCGUGGUGCCCGGAGGAGACCUGGCCAAGGUGCAGCGGGCCGUGUGCAUGCUGAGCAACACCACCGCCAUCGCCGAGGCCUGGGCCCGCCUGGACCACAAGUUCGACCUGAUGUACGCCAAGCGGGCCUUCGUCCACUGGUACGUGGGGGAGGGGAUGGAGGAGGGGGAGUUCUCAGAGGCCAGAGAGGACAUGGCCGCCCUGGAGAAGGACUAUGAGGAGGUGGGCACCGACAGCGUCGGGGACGAAGGAGAGGAAGAGGGCGAGGAAUAUUAA